GGAUGGAAGGAGAUGAAGCCUUUUGUGAGGAAAUGGUUCUUUUUGACUGUUUUAGCUCUAAAGAGCCUCUACGUUUCUGGAUGUCCCGACGUCUGCAACUGUUCCAGAGGACAAACCGAUUGCAGAGGAAAACUCUUUCACUUUGUUCCGGAAAAUCUAGAUGAGGACACCGACACCUUAAUUCUGGCCGACAACAACUUAUCCGGUUUAAGAUCCUUAGCCUUCUCCCGCUGCCCAAACCUCGUCCAUUUGGAUUUGAGUAACAACAUGAUUGAGGACAUCAGCCGCCAUGCCUUCCAACAUCUCCACCACCUGGCCCACCUGGACCUCAGCGGGAACCACCUGACGUCCAUCAGCCCAGAGGUCUUCACGCCCCUGUCCGGGCUGACCACCUUAAAUCUGGGAAAUAACAUGAUAUCCACGUUGUCUGGAAGCACGCUGGAAGCUUUAGUACGUCUACAAAGUCUUUAUUUACACAAUAAUAUCCUCGUUGGCCUUAACUGGAGGUUGCUGAAGAACGCCCCGUCCCUGAGAGAGCUGAGACUGGACGGGAACCCGUGGGACUGUAACUGUCAGAUCCAAAAUCUGCUAUCAUGGAUGGUUGAAAAUGCCUCAAAAAUGAAAGAAAAUGAGAGGACCCUGUGUGAGACCCCGAAACCCCUUGACCGGUUCCCCGUCAUGGAGAUAACUCAGGAAUGGUUCCGGGGCUGCUGGAACUUCACCCCCGAUAAAUACCCGUAUAUUCUGCUUGUCGGUCUUGCUCUCUGCUUCUGCAGUGUUCUUCUGUGCUACGCAACCGCUUUUCUGGUGGUUUUCUAUAAACGGCAUCAGGCCAGAAAUGACCAGAAGCCUCACGUGUUCAAAAAGAAGCCCCUACUUGUUGGAGACAGCAUUGUUAUCGCUAACCAUUCGCAGGUCAGUGCCAUAUAGCGAUACCAGCCCUGGUCUGUCCCAACAUCUCUACCCAACCAAUCGUCCAUCUCUACCCAACCAAUCGUCCAUCUCUACCCAAGGCUUUAUCGA